UUCCAUUUAUUUAUUCACUUAUCACAGUAACACCGUGGUGAUUGUAUUACCUAUUCUCUGGUGCAUCAUUGUCUAGCAAAUAUGGAAGUAAAAAAAGAAAUGAAAUCAAGCUGGGCAGAUGAAGUCGAAAUGUACAAUGAGCGGGCUCUACCUCCGUCGUCUGUGGUAUAUGAAAAUGGAUUCAAGAUAGUCACGGAAUACAAAAUAAAUGAAAAGAAUCAAAAAGUGAAAAUAGUUAGAACAUACAAAAUUGAAACGAGACUUACGUCGAAAUCGGUCGUCAAAAGAAAGUCCUGGAAAAAAUUUGGAGAUUCCACGAACGACGGACCAGGACCAAACCCGGGGACGUGUUCUGUCGGCGAAGAAGUUUUCAUGCACUUUAUUUCCAAUAAGGAAGAAGAGAACAAGCCGGAAGAAGACUCGUUAGAUAAAUUGAAAGCAUUGGGAGUCAAAAAUAUCAAAUGUCGUAUAUGCAAUGAGGAUCAUUGGACUUCAAAGUGCCCGUACAAGGUUGCCGAGGAUAGUAAGGUUGCAGAUAAAAAAAAAUCAUUUGGUGGCCCUGCGGGUGAUUUAAAGAAAUCAGGCGCACCCAAAUAUAUUCCGCCUGGAAUAAGGCAGAAACACAUAUUGCAAACGAAAAAUGAUCAGACAACUUUGAGAAUUGGAAAUCUGAGUAUGAAUACGACUAAUGAGGAUUUGGAAGAUUUGGUUAAACCAUUUGGACCUAUUUCAAAGAUUUAUUUGGCAAAAUGCAAACAAAACUUAUGCAAGGGUUAUGCUUAUGUUCAUUAUAAGUAUAGAUCAGAUGCAACCAAAGCACUAACAAGAUUACAUGGCCAUGGAUAUGAUCACUUGAUUUUAAAAGUGGAAUGGUCAAAGACCCAGUUUAACAAGUAGAUUAGUAAGUUUUGAUUAAAUGGUUCUCUCUAUUUCAUUCCCUUAAUGUUAUAUAUAAUACUUCGUAUUCAAUAUAUAUUAUAAAGUCAA